UCAUACUUCGUAAUAGCCUAGGGGUGCCAGGGGGUGUCCCAUAUACCACCACGGAUCGAGUUUCUUUUCCUCUCCGAGACGGUAUGUGAACGAUUGCUCCGAGAGGGAAGCGACGAACGGAGCAAAAGUGCCUGCAUUGCAACACAUUACAGGUGUCCAAGAGUCCCUGUGCCAUUUAGAGUCCCCCAAACAGCGGGCUGCUCACACUUCCGCCAGGUGAAGGUCUGUGCAGACAGACAGACAGACAGACAGGCAAACAGGCAGGCGGAGAUACAGAGUCGUGCAGACCGGCACAUAGAGAAAGCGCACCGUUUCGUCCCACUGAUCGUUGAUGAACCGCCCGCACUUGUCAGUCUCGAACUCUUCGGGACCGGAUGAGCCAGCGUCGUCUUUGGCGAACGGGGAGCCCUUCGAAAGGAACGACGGCUGGCCCAGACCUCUCACUGAACAUAGAGCAGCACCUGCACGUACAAAGACAUCGAGCAAGAUGGUCGGCGAUGCGCAUUGCAGUGCAAAUCUUCGCGUACUCGUCUCAUUCCGCUGCCCGUUGCAGACGGUGGCUGCUUGGAAGGGCGGGACGGCGGAAGCGACGAGCAGAGCGAGAAGCGAAGAGGCGAAGAAAUGCAU